AUGUGCCACCCGGACUCAACCUUGCUCGAAGCCAUCCCAGGCGUCGCCCUAGGUCUUCGCACCACCUUCAAGCUGGACAUUCAGACUGCACCCGCAGAGCUCGUCUACGGGGCACCACUCCGUCUCACAGGCAAAUUUCUUGCUGCACCGUCAUCCACCACCACAACGUCAGAACCCACCGAUUUCGUCGACCGGUUCCGACACACCAUCGCUGCCCUCCACCCGUCACCUGCAGCUCACCAUUGUAAGACUGCCCCUUUCGUCUUCAAGGAUCUGGCAACGUGCUCGCACACUUUUCUCCGCAACGACACCGUCCGCCGGCCUUUACAGCCACCUUACAGCGGCCUCUACGCAGUUCUCCGUCGCGACGACAAAACCUUCACCCUGCGCGUUAACGGGAACGACGUCCACGUCUAUAUCGACCGGCUGAAGCCGGCCUACAUCGAUUCCACCGAACCAGGAAAUACCAGUGCACCCACAGGCGUCCAAGCACGACCCCCGACAUUGCAGCUUCCUACUGUCACUACACGCUAUGGACAUCGGGUACGCUGCACAUAUUUUUACACGCCCUGA